CACUGCGCUUCUCCCCUGAAAUGUCCUGCAUCACGUGACGAAGGCUGUGGCCGCUUCACUAGAACCGGAAGUACUAGUUGAGUUGUUGUUGCAGCACAGCUGCUGUCAUGUGAUAGCCUGCCUGAAAGCUGCUGUGCUGCAGUGGCUUCCUGCUUCUUGAUGUUGUUAAAGUAAAAGUCCCCAGGAGAGGAUUUUUAUGUUUGUUGGAGACGGAGCUCCCGGCUCGUGUCUGACGGAGAACAGGGAAGCCGGGCUUUGCUAGUUUGGCUCCUCAGACGCCGCCAUGGGUUGCUGUUACAGCAGCGAGAACGACGGCACAAGUCAGGACCCUGAUGAAAUUAAGCCCCUGAUCCCCCACCCAAACCCCAUCAGCAAGCCUCCAAAUGGGAUAGACGGGUUCAAUCCGAUUGUCCCACCAGCACGGACAGAUGACCAGGCCAUUCUCACAUCCAUCCUGACCAAGGCAGCACAGAACAUCAUUGAUGUCUCAGCAGCAGAUUCUGUUGUUAUGGAGCAGCAUGAAUACAUGGACAAAGCCAGGCAAUACAAUACAAAGUUGACUACGGUGAGCACCAGCCUACCACAGAAGAAGGCACUAACCCUCCCCUCACUCACCACCCAGCCCCACCAAGUGCUUGCAAGUGAUCUGGUGCCAUAUUCAGAUAUUCAACAGGUGUCCAAGAUAGCUGCUUAUGCUUACAGUGCAAUCUCUCAAAUCAAAGUGGAUGCUAAAGAGGAACUGGUGGUCCAGUUUGCCAUUCCUUGAUUCUGCGACUCCGACCUGCUCAUUGUUCCUCCCAUCUGAAUUGCUCUCUGUCUCACUUGUGUUCUCCUCCAGCCCACUUUUUUUUAAUUUUAUUAGUUUGUUCCUGAGCUUCUGACUGAUACAAACACCACAGAGGCUUCGCUCCUUUCUAACUGUCCACUGUUAUGCUUAGAGGAUCUGUGGCAGUUAAGUUUGCUGUCAAGUGUGCACCUUGAGAGGGGUUCAUGUGGGAUUUCAGGCUCGAUAAAGUCAUAUUAUAUAUAUAUAUAUUUUAUAAUCUAAAAGUUUUUUACUGCCCUGUUUUUGUUAAAUUUUCAGGAAAGAAUCACUUUACUUUAAUCCCAAAGCAUUAAUGAACGAAUGGACAGGGUGAAAAACCCCAGCAGUCUCUGUGGUGUCGACUGAUGGAAAACAAAACGGCAUAAAAAAAAAAAGCAGGGAGGGGUUGAAAAUUUAGAUUUGGUCAUUUUCUUGUUUUCCUAUUGGAUGAUUCACUCACGUCAGCAGGGAAUCACUGAGUUUUUGAGCACAUUUCUUUUUUUUUUGCCCAAGUGUUUAGGACAAUUGGCUGCAGUGGAAAAUAAUGAUUGAUGGGAGAUCCGGGCGUUGGAGAACACAUGGCAUCUUCAUCCUUUUGUACAGACUGACUCCUAAAACAUGAUGGAUUGUAUGAAGUUUGUCUGCUUGUAAAGGGGAGGAUUUUAUCUGAAGCAACCUUCUCAAGUGUUAGUUUUACACAAAACGUUUCACUGCAGGUUAUCCUCAUCUAGAAUUGUUUAUAUUAAUCAUAAACUAACCAUUGUAGUUGCGUGUGGGAGUGUUCAAAUGCCAUGAAUUGCAGGAGACGGCGAGGUCUCAGAGCUUUUUGUGAUUAUUUAUUUUUUUUGCUCCUCAAUGCUUGUUUGCUUCACAGACAGAGCGGUGAGCUGCUCUAGACUCGUUAAAGGGAUGUUCUGCAAGGAUGUGACUAUUUAAAACCACACAACUGAUUUCAGCUUUUUUUCAAUGACUUGGCUUUUCGUUUUGUUACUCGGAUGUGUAAUACUACCUGAAUAACUGUAUGUUUGUAAUAUUUUAGGCUAGAACCAAAAACUUUUAGUUUUUUUUUGUUUGUUUAAUCAGUUCAUUAAAAAUUUUCAACAAAGUAGUUGUGUGUUAUUGAAAACACAACCUGGCAUUUGAGAAGCAGUUUACUCUGUGUUGCAAUGAUAAACUUAUAAUGGAGUUUUCAUAAUAAAAUUAAUUAAAACCACAA